AUUGAUGACCACAACCGCCAACCGAACACCUUCAAAACCAGCCAUCAACACUUAUAAGAGCCAUACCAAUGUACCGGCCAAAGCCAGCGGCAAAGGAGGAUACUGCAAGGACACCGUCCAAGCCGUUGCAAACCGGCUCUUCUACAAAUUCCGCUGAUCGUCUGUCGAAACCCUUCAGAUGUCCAGGACUGGCCACUGCUACGCGUGCAUCAGAAAAGCCAGCGAGGAAGCGUAGAAAGGUGAAUUACGCCGGGGCUGAUGGGACUGUGGAUGACGACAGCGUCAAGCCAUAUACAAAUGAGGAUCGCUUAGCGCUUGCGACAAGAGAUGUGAACAGGUUUCCUGUCUUCAAGGUCAAAGACAAAGACACGACCUUCAAGCAACGAUUCAAGAUUCCCUUCAUCAAUAAGUCGUCAGACGCCUAUAAUGGCUCUAGGGUAGCACCCACGCUUGGCAUGAGACAAGGCGCCACAUUUAUCGUGAAGCCACUGCAUGAUCCGAGUGGAGAGUUUGCUAUAGUACUAUAUGACCCAACGGUCGAUGACGUUGAUGAUCCAGGAACAAAAGAAGAGACAAAAGGCGCCACAGAAGACCAGAAACCAAAGCUGGACGAGCCACUGGUGCACAAAAGCCUGGCAGAUAUCCUCGGGCUCAAGAAGGAGGUUGAAGCCCGGCCAAAAGUGCCGGUUGUGAUUGAUCCACGGUUGGCUAAGGUCCUGCGACCACAUCAGGUUGAGGGUGUAAAGUUUCUUUAUCGUUGUACAACGGGAAUGGUUGAUAAGAAUGCAAAUGGUUGUAUCAUGGCAGAUGGAAUGGGUCUGGGCAAGACGCUUCAAUGCAUCUCAUUAAUGUGGACACUACUCAAGCAAUCCUCAGAAGCAGGAAGAUCGACUAUACAGAAGUGUAUCAUCGCUUGCCCGUCAAGUUUGGUCGGAAACUGGGCCAACGAACUCGUGAAAUGGUUGGGUAAGGACGCUAUCACGCCCUUUGCGGUUGACGGUAAAGCUUCGAAGACAGAACUCAUCGCUCAGAUGAAGCAAUGGGCGAUCGCUUCGGGGCGAGCUAUCGUCAGACCUGUUCUCAUCAUCUCAUAUGAAACUCUUCGGUUGUAUGUUGACACAUUAAAGGAUAGUCCCAUCGGGCUACUCCUUUGCGAUGAAGGCCAUCGGUUGAAAAACAAAGAAAGCUUGACAUGGACAGCUCUCAACAGUCUAAAUGUACAACGCCGGGUUAUUUUGUCCGGUACGCCUAUCCAGAACGAUCUUUCAGAGUAUUUUGCUCUUCUUCACUUCGCAAACCCGAACCUACUGGGGUCCCAGAACGACUUUCGGAAAAGGUUUGAAUUACCCAUUCUUAGAGGCAGAGAUGCCGCAGGAACAGAGGAAGAUCUCAAAAAAGGCAAUGAACGUCUUGCCGAGCUUUCUGGUAUUGUGAACAAGUUCAUCAUACGCCGGACCAACGACAUUUUGUCCAAGUACUUGCCAGUCAAAUAUGAGCAUGUUGUCUUCUGCAACAUGUCUCAGUUCCAAUUGGGCCUUUACAAACACUUUAUUCAGAGCCCAGAAAUCAGGAGCUUGCUUAGGGGCAAAGGAAGUCAGCCAUUGAAAGCAAUUGGACUAUUGAAAAAGCUUUGCAAUCAUCCCGACCUCCUGAACCUCUCCACAGACCUUCCAGGCUGUGAGUACACCUUCCCAGAGGACUAUGUACCGCCGGAAGGGAGAGGACGUGAUCGAGAUAUCAAGUCUUGGUAUUCAGGGAAGAUGAUGGUCUUGGAUAGGAUGCUAGCACGCAUCCGCCAGGAUACUAAUGACAAGAUUGUUUUGAUUAGCAAUUAUACUCAAACCCUCGACCUUUUUGAAAAACUAUGCAGGACCCGAGGGUACGGCUCCUUGCGACUAGACGGUACCAUGACUGUUGGUAAACGGCAGAAGCUAGUCGAUAAGUUCAAUGACCCAGACGGGGCUGAGUUUGUAUUCUUGCUCAGCAGUAAGGCUGGUGGCUGCGGCCUGAAUCUGAUAGGCGCAAACCGCCUGGUUCUGUUCGAUCCAGAUUGGAAUCCAGCCGCCGACCAGCAAGCUUUGGCGCGAGUCUGGCGUGAUGGCCAGAAGAAGGAUUGCUUCGUCUACCGCUUCAUCGCAACCGGUUCGAUUGAGGAGAAGAUCUUCCAGCGUCAAUCCCAUAAACAGUCCCUUUCUUCAUGCGUUGUGGACUCGGCCGAGGAUGUUGAGCGGCACUUCUCGUUGGAAUCCCUCCGCGAGCUAUUCCAAUUCAAGCCGGAAACUCGGAGUGAUACGCACGACACGUUCAAAUGCAAGCGAUGCCGACCGGAGGGGACACAAUACAUCAAGGCGCCGGCUAUGUUGUACGGUGACACCAGUACUUGGAAUCAUUUUGUCAAUGACGGAGAGCAGGGGCUUCUCAGCAAGAUCCAAGACUUGCUGAUCCGUCAAGAGACGGGAGAACGGGAUGUCUCCGCCGUGUUUCAGUCCUUGCGGAUUCGAAGUCCAGACCGUCGCCUCACCGCCCAGCCUAGCCAGACAACGCUUCCACGCCAUGAAAGCCACUAUCUAAACUACCCCCGGAGCGUCCUUGGAGUACGCAUUAUCGAUAAGAGGUUUGGUCAGGCAAGGUGGCGGCUGGCUAACUCACAUGUGAUCAACAGGCUCGAGAAGGUCGUCCGCGAGGCCGCUUUCAGGGGCGAACACGAGGAGAUUCAGAAGAUCGUCGACCAGCUCUGCCAUGACUACGCCUACGCGGUCCAUCAACCCCACGCGAGAAAUGGCGGCUUAAUCGGACUUGCGGCGGCUUCCAUAGCGUUAGGAUCCGUGAGGGUUGCUCCUUAUCUGAAGGAAAUCGUACCGCCGGUGCUUGCUUGUUUUUCCGACCAAGAUGCGCGCGUCAGAUAUUAUGCCUGCGAGAGCAUGUACAACAUUGCGAAAGUUGCGAAAGGGGAGAUACUACUUUUCUUCAAUGACAUAUUCGAUGCCUUGAGCAAGCUAGCCUCAGAUUCCGAGCUUUCCGUCAAAAACGGUGCAGAACUCCUCGAUAGACUCGUCAAGGACAUUGUAUCGGAAUCCGCUGCCUCCCAUGUCUCCGUCCUGCAACUUACCGAAAAACAAGCGACAGAUCCCGAAGGCCUGGAGGAUGCUGAUCUUCCUACUGCCUUCUCGCUCCCAAAAUUUAUACCCCUACUCAAAGAACGAAUCCACGUCAUCAGUGCAUUUACCCGCACAUUUCUGGUAUCGUGGCUGACGCUGUUGGAUACAAUACCCGACCUGGAGUUGAUCUCUUAUCUGCCGGAAUUCCUUGGGGGUUUGAUCAAAUUUCUUGGAGACCCAAACAGAGAUGUCCAUGUCGCCACCCAGGCACUUCUAGAUCGGUUUCUGUCGGAGAUCAAACGGAUCGCGCGACUCAAGAAAGGUAUCGAAGACAGCCGGAAAGGCCAAGGUAGCGAUACCAGACAGUCAACCGCAAGUGACAGUGUGAGCGUUGCGACGACCACAGAUCAGACUCUAGCUGUCGGGUCUGAGAUGACUGACAAUGCGAUUGAAGAUUCCGAGGCAGGGUCUGUCACCGAUGAGGAAGGCUUGCACGUUGAUGGAGAUUGGAUUCCUGGACAAGAUGUUCAGAUUGAUUAUGCAAAGAUACUAGAUAUUCUCGUUGGCUUUGUUGAUACAUCUUUCGUGGAGGAGAUGCAGUUGACUGCUCUGCGCUGGAUCGACAAUUUCUUCGAGAUCAGCCCGGAAGACAUUCUCCCUUUCGUUCCUCGUCUCCUGACUCAGGUGCUUCCAGCAAUGUCCAGUGGCUCGGAUCAAGUGCGGCAGGCCGCAAACCGGGUCAACACCUCUCUGAUGGAGUAUAUCGUCACCUUGUCUGAAGAUACAUUGGAUGAGAGCCGGCAGUUGGCGUCCGCAAAAGCGUACAACUCGAACAGCAAAGAAGCCGUUGAGCGAAGAUCAUCUACGCCGGUCAGCAAAGCUCCCGAGACACCCUCCAGUGAAUCCAAGAAGCAGUUGUCUCAGCCAGACGCGUCAGUCGAGCAACCCCCCCGAAGCAGCAGUUCCACCCCCCUGCCGCCUGCCGACCUGGAUUAUGCCGCGUCUGUCAGCUCCUUGACACUACAGUUUUUGAACGAAAACGAAGCCACCCGAGUGGCCGCGCUAUCCUGGCUCAUAAUGCUACACCGAAAGGCGCCCAAGAAGGUGAUCGCAUUCAAUGAUGGAACCUUCCCUGCUCUUCUGAAGACACUGUCCGACCCGGCUGAAGCCGUCGUCACCAAGGACCUCCAGCUUCUAUCACAGAUAUCCAGAAACAGCGAGGAUAGCUAUUUUAAGUCAUUCAUGGUGAACCUCCUCCAGCUCUUCUCCACAGAUAGGCAUCUACUCGAGGUGCGAGGGAACCUCAUCAUUCGACAACUGUGCAUGAAUCUAAGCCCAGAGCGCAUCUAUCGGACACUGGCGGAUUGUCUCGAGAAGGAAGAGGAUAUCGAAUUCGCCAGCAUCAUGGUCCAGAAUCUGAACAACAACCUGAUAACUGCACCCGAGCUUUCGGACCUAAGAAAGCGUCUGAGGAAUCUGGAUGCAAAGGACGGACAGAUGUUCUUCGUAGCACUGUUCAGAUCGUGGUGCCACAACGCCGUUUCUACCUUCUCCUUAUGUCUACUCGCGCAAGCCUACGAACAAGCAUACAACCUGCUCCAAGUUUUCGCUGAACUCGAAAUGACCGUGAACAUGUUGAUCCAAAUCGACAAGUUAGUCCAGCUCCUAGAAUCGCCCGUUUUCACCUACCUCCGUCUCCAGCUCCUCGAACCAGAACGAUACCCCUACCUCUACAAAUGCCUCUACGGCGUUCUUAUGCUCCUCCCCCAAAGCUCCGCCUUCGCGGCACUCAAGAACCGCCUCAACAGCGUCAGCAGCAUUGGCCUCCUGCACACCGGCCCCCGACAAACAACUAUGUCCUCAACCUCCGCCUCUACCUCCUCUUCCACCUCCACAUACGACCGCGCAACUGGAAGCCGCCUCAAGCGCGACGAAAACUCCAUCCGGUGGGUCGAACUCCUCGACAAAUUCAAAUCCGUUCAAGAAAAAGCCCGCCGGGCCCAACGCGCCUCUCAACGGCCCCUUGACCCAGACGCAACCGGCCCCUUCCUAUCCAGCACAGGGGACCCAUCUCGCGGUAACAAGGAACGAACCUCCGCUCUUCCGGAUACGCCUCGCGGAAUCGCCGGGGCCGGGGGAGGCAACAACAACGCGACGGAGGGUCGCGGCGGUGGAGCGGAUGCGGGGACCGCGAAAACCGGCUCGUCGAUCCUGGGGGGUGCGCAUAGACAUAAAUCCAGUUUGUCGAAUUUAGGACGCUUGGGGAUUGGGGGUCGGAAGUCGAAGAGGUGAAUGGAUUGAUUGGGUCGGAUGGGAUUGGCAGAUUAGGAGUGGUGGGGGCGAUAAAUUUUCAUUGAAAUAUGAAGAUAAUGGUAGGUACAUGCGUGGUGCCUGCCUGGAUGCCUAUAUAUCUUACACAUACUGAAAUUGUUGUAUCUGUGGUAGUGGCUUUACCGGCAUCUCUCUAGGAAUGGUGAUAUACCAGCUGAGUGACAGAUGCAAGGCGUCUGUCAGACUUGAGGCUUGUUUAUUGACAGGACUUGAAAAUAAGAUCAUGACAUCAGAG